UUCACAGUUUCUGAUAGCGCACUUUACCAAUUACUCUAAUCCUUGGGGGUGUACGAGUUUGCUUUGCUGUUCCAGUGAUUGUACGACCAAUUCUCAAUGGCGUUGCAUCUAUUGAGAGCUGCACCUCGAGCGCGUGUGCUAAGUCCAUCCAUAUGGAGUAACGGAGGUGCAAGAUGCAUAUCGACUGACCGAAGAAAUCGACUGUCAAAAUUCUGGACUCCAACCGGAGGCUUGAACGCCCAAGAUGGAGAGCAAGAUGAAUCACAUGCUCUGCUGGUCCGUGGCGGCUACCUCAGACAAGCUCACUCUGGAGUUUUCCAUCUUCUACCACUAGGUUUGCGUGUUCAGAACAAACUGGAGGCUCUCAUCGACAAACACAUGGAAUCAAUUGGCGCAUCGAAAACAUCACUAUCCUCAAUCAGCACAGAGGAGCUAUGGAAACAGUCUGGACGCUACUCAUCCAACUCAGAACUUCUUCGACUUAAGGAUCGCAAAGACUCUGGCUUCCUAUUAUCGCCUACCCAUGAGGAGGAGAUCACGUCUCUGGUAGCCUCGAUGGUCCACUCCUACAAGGAUCUUCCACUCAGACUCUAUCAGACAGGUCGCAAGUACCGCGACGAACGACGACCAAGACAAGGCCUUCUCCGUGCAAAGGAGUUUAUGAUGAAGGAUCUCUACACCUUUGACUCGACGGUUGAAGCUGGACUUGAGACCUACAAGUCUGUCCGUGAAGCGUACAAAAACCUCUUCGACGAACUCAAACUCCCCUACCUUGUCGCAGACGCCGACUCAGGCAACAUGGGCGGCAAGCUAAGCCACGAAUACCACUUCGCCUCCCCUAAAGGCGAAGACAACGUCUGGUCCUGCUCCUCGUGCUCAUACGUCGCCAAUGAAGAACUAGUCGAGAAAAAGACCUCCGACGUCUCAUCCGACAACCCUCUCACAUUCACCGGCAUCAGCGUAGACCGCAAGACCGCCAUCACAAUCACCAUCCCGCGACCUGCAGACCUCGCACCCUCCGCCGCCCCAACCUGGGACCAAAUCUCCGCACACGCAAAUCUACAUGCCCUCAAGAAAGCUACCCCCUCCCCCACAGAACUCGACACCGGCAUUGAAUCCGCAACCCUCACCACCCUCCUUCCCAACACCACCUCCCAACUCACCAUCACCGACCGCGCCCUCUCCUCCGCCCCGGACGCCCUAGAUCUAACCCCCACGCACGACGGCGCCGCCUGUCCACACUGCGCAUCCGGCACCCUGAGCACCCAGAAAGCCAUCGAAGUAGCCCACACCUUCCACCUGGGCACACGCUACUCCGAGCCCCUCAACGCCGUGGUCUCGCUCCCCUCGGCAUCUAAAGACACCCAGUGGGUGCCCAUGCAGAUGGGCUGCCACGGCAUCGGCGUGUCGCGACUGAUCGGAGCGAUCGCGUCGCUGCUCGCAGACGGCACGGGACUGCAGUGGCCACGCGCAGUGGCGCCGUUCGAGGUCGCGGUUGUGGCGGGGCCGCAGGGCAGCGAGGCGGAGAGCGAGAGCGUGUACGAUGUGCUGCGUGCGGGCGAGGGGGAUGUGGUGCUGGAUGAUCGCGCGAAGGGGCUGGGGUGGAAGUUGAAGGAUGCGGAUCUGAUUGGGUAUCCGGUUGUAGUGGUGAUGGGGCGGGGCUGGAAGGACCGUAGGGUGCUGGAAGUGCAGUGUCGUAGACUAGGGGUCAAGAAGGAUGUCGAGCUUUCUGCAUUGAAGGAGGAGGUGGAAGCGCUGCUGGGGCAGUUGUAGGUUUGCUGGUGUGUAUCAAUAUGUACAUCUCUGUAUUAUAGUCAGGAGGAAGCAUAUCAAAGCUGUCUUAUCGUUGGCGAUUUGUUGAGAUCCCUACAACUAUCGGACAGAUCGCGUGAUCGGCUACGUACUGUACCAAGGUAGCAAUAGACAAGUCACUUGUAAUCAUUGUUACCCUGCAGGACGUCAAACCAGAUGUGUUCUCACAAGCACCAAUAUGAACA